CCGCCGCAUUCACCGUUCGGCAAUAGCUCCCCCUACGCGGUCUGCGUAACUCGGGCCCUCUCGGCGUCCCUGAGCCUCGGGGUGGGGUUGAGCACCGAGCCGGCCUGAGGAGACGGGAGAGCGGGGAGGCGAUGGCGGCUUAGCACGGUGCCUCCCUGACGGUUUGCGGGUGGAGACGCACGGUGAGAAUGGCCGAGGAACAGAAGUGGAGCAGGUGGGCUUGGAGACGACUCAGGAUGGCUGAACAGACGGAUGCAAAGGAGCCAUGUGAGCUUGUGGGCAAACAGCUGGGCGAACCAGGAAGGUUUGCAUACGCAGCUCUCUGUGGGAUAUCUCUGGCUUGCUUGUUUCCUGAAAAGGAGCAAAGCGCCUUUAGGAUGGAGUUCAUUGAAGGCUUGGUGAAAUGGCUUGAGUUGUCAGACACCGUCUUGCCUGCCAUGACUGCGUUCACCAGCGGUUUGGGUGGCGAGGGCGCAGAAACCUUUGCUCAGAUUUUACUGAAGGAUCCUGUCUUGGCAAAUAAUCCAGUCGUCAUUACACAAGAUCUUGUGUCCUUCUCUCUUAAGGAUGGCUAUUACGAUGCCCGAGCGAGGGUGCUGAUCUGCCAUGUCACUUGGCUGCUGAGAAUCCCUUUAGAGGAGCUGGAAGUCUUGGAGGAGUCUCUACUUGAGAGCCUGAAGGAGCAGAAGGAGGAAGAGUCCGAAACUGCAGAAGCAUCAAGAAGAAAGAAAGAAAGGAAGCGGAAAUUGAGGAGAUACUUGAUGAUUGGCUUGGCAACAGUAGGGGGCGGAACAGUGAUAGGUUUGACGGGGGGUCUUGCUGCCCCUCUCGUUGCUGCUGGAGCUGCAACUAUCAUUGGAAGUGCUGGGGCAGCAGCUUUAGGGUCAACGGCGGGAAUCGCUGUCAUGGCGUCACUCUUUGGAGCAGCAGGAGCUGGCCUUACCGGCUACAAGAUGAAGAAACGAGUAGGAGCCAUCGAAGAGUUCGAAUUCCUCCCUUUAACUGACGGGAAACAGCUUCAUAUCACCAUAGCCAUCACUGGCUGGUUGUGUACUGGCAAAUACGGCAGUUUCACAGCUCCCUGGAGCAGCAUGGUGCAGUCCAGUGAGCAGUACUGUCUAGCCUGGGAAUCCAAGUACCUGAUGGAGUUGGGCAACGCUCUGGAUUCACUGCUAAAUGGUUUUGUGAACAUCAUGGCUCAGGAAGCCCUGAAGUUCACCGUCUUAUCAGGCAUAGUGACAGCCCUGACGUGGCCGGCUUCACUUCUUACUGUUGCCAGUGUCAUUGACAACCCAUGGGGAGUGUGCCUGAAUCGAUCAGCUGAAGUGGGCAAACAUCUGGCACAGAUAUUGCUCAGUCGACAGCAGGGCAAACGACCUGUCACUUUGAUUGGCUUCAGUCUGGGUGCAAGGGUCAUUUACUUCUGCCUGAAGGAGAUGGCUCAAGAAAAAGACUGUGAGGGGAUCGUCGAGGAUGUGGUCCUGCUGGGAGCUCCAGUGGAAGGAGACGCCAAGUACUGGAAAGCUUUCACAAAGGUGGUGUCGGGCAGGAUCAUAAAUGGCUAUUGCAGGGGAGACUGGCUGCUGAGUUUUGUCUACCGGACCUCCUCUGCUCAGCUCAACGUUGCAGGCCUUCAGCCAGUCAGCCUGGAUGACAGGAGGAUGGUUAAUAUGGAUCUUUCAUCUGUAGUCUGAAAAUGGUCACAAUGGAAUCGAUGUGCAUUCAGAGAACCUAUUGCUGAGCCAAGCUCAGAUGUGAUGUAAGCAGGUAUGCUCUUGAUUUCAGGGGAAUUACACUUACAUUUAUACUAGCCCGCUGUAAGUAGGUAAGUGUAUGCAUACGUUUAGAUAGGCCUCUUGUUGUAUUAGCCCUUUGCCAUGACGUCUGCUGUGAGAAAACUCUACAUGACAGAAAAAUGCUUCCCUAUCUCUCAUUUCAUAGCCAAGACUGUUCUCUCCAGUUAGGGUCUAGGAAGAUCCCAGAAUGAAGGGCAACGUGUAUAUCACUCUUUUUCUCUUUCUUGAGCACAAACAUUCAGCCACAAAUGUUACCCAACUCCUUCCUUGGCCAUUCCCACUGCAGCCGUCAAACAGUUUAAAGCGAGCUCUCCCUGUGGUUUCCACUGUUCCGUGUCCGGGGAGUGGCUAGAAUUAAAGCUGUAUCAGCCUUUCACUCACACUAAUUUAAAUCCGUUAAGUCAAUUGAGUUACAAUCAUAGACAACUGGUGUAAGUGCAAGAAACUGAGGCCCACAACUUGCAUGAAAUAAUUAGCAAGAAGCUGGGACAAAUAAUUUCGCUGUGCAUGAAUAUGGUUUUGCAGCAACAGCAGCCACAUGUUUAAAUGUCCAGUCUGUCUUCUGCGGGGGCACUGUGUGCCACAGAAUGAACUGCAGGUGCAAAUCUGAAUAAUCACACCCACCAUUAAUUUCUCAAGCAUAAAAUUGCAGGUGCAAACAACACUUGCCAAAAAGCAUGGGCUGGCCUCAGCCCUUCUGCAAAAUCAACCCCUAAUUAGCGGCCAUAGAGGACACUGAGAUGAGAAGUACAAACCUCUGAGGCACGGGGGCGGGGUUGCUUAUUGCCCUGGCUAUCUGUUUCUAUGGAGAAGUGCUUCAGAUUGCAUCCAUGUGAAAUUGACCUGAGCUGCAUCUGGGGACAAUAUCCAUCAGCUAGCAUCUCUUAUGUAAGAAUGGCUUUCUCAAUAAGGCUUGGGUCAGAAAGAUGAUUGCACAUAAUGAUUACGCGCCCCUCCAUCUCCACCUACUCCAGAAAUGUCACGGUAAUUAAAGGGCCACUUUUACCUACAAUUCAACCUGCUUUGAAAUGAGAAAUAAAUGUGGAUUGAGUGGUUUAUUUAAUUCAUAAGAAAUAUAGCCCUGGGAGAGCACAAUUCAGAAAAGAAAAUAACUUCUGCCCGGCGGUCUAUCUUUGAUGUAGCUCCAUUGACUUCAGAUGAGUCACACUACAGAUAAAUUGACCCCCAGAUUUUCACUCUAUCAGCUUUUGUGACAGGGAGAGAAACGAUAGCAAGGGAUAAUGUAAAUAAUGUCAGCUUUAACCCUAUAAUUUGCCUGUACAUGAGCUUUUGAAAAAAUUCUCUUUUCCUGUAUGUUUGAACUGUUAAAACUAGUCAUUUUUAAGUGAGAGGGCUCUGGAAAAAUUUAGAUACCAGAUCUACGUUUUUUAAAAUGGUCAUCUAAAAUUCACUCCAGCUGCUGAACUACUGAAGAGAUUCACUUUCAACUUUUCCAGAAAUCACUUCAUGUCCUAACAGUAAGUGAUGUAAUCUAGGUUGUGAUCAACAUUUGCUUUCAUGCCUAACGAAAGGAUUUUAACUCUGCUUUAACUGAACUCAACCUUAACUAAGGAGUCACUGCCCGAGACUCCAUAAUAUGUUCUAUACAACUCUGCCAGUGCACCUCGAUCCUGACCUGUUGGAACUCUGCCUUUCCACGGGUGGGACCCUGUGCAUCUCAAUACCUCUCACUCCUAGGCUACGCUGCCCUUGCUGUUUCACUUCUAGGUCUGUCGAUGUGAGGGUUCAGAGUACAGGGUACUGAGCCUUUUCUGGGACAGGCUGUAUGUCCUCUACUCCCAUCUUGUGGGAAGUACUCAACACCCUGCAGGAUCAGGGUUACAGACAAAUGUCGCUUUGUGACCAGAGUAAUCUUCCCACUGGGCAGAGAUUAAUGCUCUGCAUUUUGGUACUGGAAAGGCUGGCAUUGCUCAUGUGUCCUACCCUCAGCCCUCGCUGCCUUCUGCUGGAAGAGCAGAGCCGCACUGGUACUGAGGUGGUACUGACGACAACCAUUUGGGGAUUUUAGGAGGAGAAUAUGAUGGGGGACUUUGCAUUUCCUUCCCUCUAUUAGCAGCAGCAGCAGCAAACCUCUGGCAGCUCAACCGAUACUUACUUCAGACUCCAGAGUUGUUAAUUUGACUCUUGUCAUGAAUAAUAGAUUCAGUGACACAGUCUGAAAAGGAAAAUAAUUGAAAAUAAAUACAUGAAUUCACAAUAAAUGAAGGUGCUCACUGCUCCCCCAGCUGAGGCGCUCUGCCCCAACGGUGCUUGCAUUUCAUUAGCAUGGUCUAUGCAAGUAGAGCAUUUGAUGGUCCUUUGGGAAGAACAGUGCUUUAUAAAAGUAAGAUAUGAUUAUUGUGUGUGCUCCAGAAGCAACAAUUCCCUUUAUUACCCCUACCCAUCUCACACAGAAAUAAAUUUUAAAAAUAUUGUAGAUGGGGUUUUUUUGUUUGUUUGUUUGUUUUUUAAAGCAAACCCUGUUAUUGUGGUUCCUGCAAGAUAGUGCCGCACUGACCCUACCACAGCAAGGCAAUCCUGGGCUGUCAUUUUAGUUUGUGGGGUUUUUAACCGCAUGAUAAAGCUGCUCUGUGAAUAUUACAAGCUGCUCCCUGGAUAUUACAAGUGUCAAGAAAAUCAAAGAAAAUGAGAUUCUCAGCCAUCCAGAUGUCCUGGGCUCCUGUAAACAGCAGAGUGUGCCCGUGAGUUCAUUGCCAGGGCCAUGUGCUUAUUGCUUCUUUGUAAUCCUCACUGAAUACUCACGAGGCCUCAUCAGCUGGAGCAGGGGGAACGUUGCCUGGCUCAGCUGCUCUGCCCUUUAUCUCUCCUGUAGCCCACGAAAGCUUAUGCUCAAAUAAAUUGGUUAGUCUCUAAGGUGCCACAAGUACUCCUGUUCUUUUCGCGGAUACAGACUAACACGGCUGCUACUCUGAAACGUCCCAUCUCUGGUUCCUCUCUCAUCGUCUGUCUGUCUUGUCUGUUUGGACUGCAAAUUCUUCCAGAUCCUGACUUUCUCUUGCUUUGUGUUACAACGUAUAGUGACUACCACAACAGGGUUGGAGGCAGGGGUCUCUAGCUGCUACUACUAAUUAAUGAGACACAGCCUGACUAAGGGUAUUGGAAUCUGGUUCAUACCGAUCGUGAGUCAAUGACAAAGCCAAAAUUAGAGUGAGGCUCCUGCUUCCUAGGUCACUCCCUGUCCACCACGCCAUACACCCUCUCAAGUGUCGCCUCCAGGUUGUACGCAGUUGAAGGUCACGUUUUGCAGUCGUAUAGCCAAAAAUGCUUAAAAUUGUAAUAAUCCCUUCCCUGUUCUCGAAGCCUGAUCCUUGGGCAAGGAUCCUCUCUUAUACAUAUACUGCUGCUUUAUCUGUUCCUUCUCAGAGCUUCUCAAACAGCCCUGUCAGUUGAGCAGAGCUGUAGGACCAGCAACAGCUUAUGACUAACAGAAGGCCGUGUGAUAACUGCAAAUUGAUCCCAUUGUCAUCACUUUUCAGACACCGCUGUGUAUCCCCCUCUCCUCUCCCCCUGGAAUUGCUGUCAUUAAUCCAGUCAACAGCAACCACGGCAGAAGGCCCAUCACUUGUCUCCAGGCAGAGACCGUCAGUGGUUUGCUUUCAGGCAUGGGACAACAUUUUGUUUUGUUUUAAAAGCUCCUGCAAAUUGAAUUGCGUUUUUAUGACACCAUAACCCCAGGCACUUAUUACACUGAGCAGAAAUCAUUCCGCCUGAAUUGAUUAUUAGGCACAGCUGAGAAUGUACAAGGACAUUUCUGGCACUCUUGGAUGGGUCUGAAUUUUAAAACAUUUCUAAAAUGUCUCUGAUGGGGACUCCUUUAAAUUGUAUUGUAGUUCAGAGGAGAAGUCGGUAGCUACACCCGCAGCUUUCUACACCCUUGUUCUGUGCUACUCGGGCAGAAUUUGUGGUACAGUCCAGCAGCGUUGUGCCGCUCUGGUGACGCAAGCGACUGUAAAACCCACUUUAACGGGCUAAGGCCACCAGUGCAUAGUGGUGAAUCUGGCCCAUGAUUUUUAUUUUCCUGCCACAAGCUAUAAAGUAAUAACUUUGGCCAGAAAAGCACUUUUCUAAUUGCAUUUCUUUUUAUAGUUCUUACUGCAGCUGGCCACGAAGAAUAAUCAAACAGGUGUUUGCAUUUUACACUCUCUGUUCUUCCAUUAAAGCCUUAUAACACUUUUUGAAAAGCACCCUUUAGAUUCCCCCUCCUUCCCUGUUUUUAAGGCUCUCCUUGUGCAACAGCUGAGGUGCAACCGCCAAGAUUUCUGAAGGAUGGAUUACAUUUCAAAAGCAGGCCGUCAAGGACCUAGAACAGCUGCACUUUCCAGUCAUGAUGGCAGAGGAAUUUCCCUGAAACCCUGGCUUCUUCCAUUUGGCUAACAGUUUUUGCUGGCAAUUCUUUGCUCAGCUCUACAGUAUGUAGUGCACUUUUGGGAGAGUCUUGCCUACCAUUAAGCUCUGUACAGCGCUUGCAUUUAUCUGGCUUUUCAAACUCCUGGGCAAUCAUCUCCACUUCCAUAUAAGGCUUCAUGGGGGCACAGGUCCCUUGGGACUACCUCUUCUCCUUAAGGCCCCGAUCCACAGCCCGCUGAAGUCCAUGUAAGACCAAACAGUAAGAAUUCAUGUGUCCCUGGACGCUGGGCUCUGUACCAUAUGGAAUCAGCCCUGUAGUAAGAAUGGUUUCAAGAGUUGGCUCGCUGAGCAGUCUUGCCCAACUAGAGGAAAUCUAACAGCUGUCUUUAAAGGGAGCACAUCUCGGGAUGGAAAUGGAGCCAAACAGGAGACUUUACACAUUUUAUUUUCCAGUAAAUCCAGGACCUGUUCCUCUCCACUUAAUCCACCUCUCAACUAACGUCCUUUAUUUCACUGCCUCCUAAACCCCCAUACUGAUGAAUAAAGGAUUCAUACUUUUCCUGAGAACAGUGUGCACAUCUGAACAGUCAAUCCAUUAGGCCUUUGGUGGUUAUUUUAAUUAAAGUACUAAUCUGUUCAAAAUAUAACGAGCCUGUUGAGCCAUCUGGGUUAAUUAAAGUUGCAUAUUGAAUUAUUAAUGUGCUGAUUAAAUCCUUCGAUUCGCUCCAAGUUCUAAGUGCAUCCAAAUGUUACCACUCAAAAGCUGCUUUCUGCAAAUGGCUAGGUUUGAAUUUUGACUUCACAUGAAAUCAUUCUGGACUGGUUUAGUAUCUGGAGACUCUAUUCGCUUUGCCAGUAGUUGGGCCAGAUCUUUGAUUCCGACUAACUCCCCUUUGCAGCACUUAAAAGUGUCCUAAGGAUGCAGUUGGGGAUCUCCCCGUCCUAAGGGAAUUCCCCACUGGCUGUAUCCCUUGCAGCUCUACAUAGACUUAGUUGGUCAAACAUUAUUCUAGUGGGGUAAAUAUCUUUGAAAAAUGAAGCUCAAGCAUUAGACAUAUUUAUUCAAAUAACAAGGCUGUUAGAGUUCGUGCUUCAGGCUGUUGCUGAUUACCAGCUGGGGUAAGGAAGGAACUUCUAUCAUGGUGCAUUAUGAGCCAGCUGUUGGACAGCGGAUUGGCUGCAGACACUGGGGACCCCUAGGAUUAAAAAUCAUACGUCUUUAGUCUGCUAAAAUCUCUACUGCCAGCUGAGCUGGGGGCCAUGAAAGCAGUCGUGACUCAGGCUAAUGGCGUUUUCAUGGUAAUUCCAGUCUGUUUCUCUUCUGCUGGCAGAUGCAUCCGCACAUUUGGCUGAGUAGAAUAGAAAAGGAUAUUUAAAGAGAAGUCUUUUCUAUUGAGGAUCUUAGCUGCACUACUUCAAAAGCCUCACUCCGCAGACGCUGCACUUUGGAGUGAAAAGGCAGCUGGCUGCCAUCAGACUGGUGGGUUAGGAUCCUUAAUGUUCCCUUGUUCCUUUUAAACUGAUUAUACUUAAACAUAAUUAUUAGAAUUAAACAGAGGGAAAUCUGACUAUUUUUUCUCUCUCUUGCUUGCACUGAUUUAGGGAGGAGUCCAAUAUGCCUCUCAGAAGGUAGUUAUCUUGUAAUUACAUGUGAUCACAAUGUAAGAGAGAGCCCUGCCUUAUGUAUACUCCACACACAGUCCUAUCUCAGUAUGUUCUUAAGGCUAGAACAGUGUUUCAGUAGUGUCUCAUUUCAGGUUCCAUCCAACAACCUUAAAACUCUUAAUACAUCUUAAUUCUCACUACACACCUCGGAUGUAGACACAAUUAUCUGCAUUUUACGGGGGGAGAAACUAAGGCACAGAGAGGUGAGGACUUGCCCACAGCAAAUCAGUGGCAGAGCCAGAAACAGAACCCAGACCUCCUGACUCCCAGCCUCGAACUCUAACCACUACAAACACGUCCUCUCUUAGCCUGACAACAUACAAGACUUUUUCUUAAAAGCUAGAGGUGGCCAAGGCUUUAAACACGCAGCAUAAAUAAUGCUCAUAGAGCAAAGGUGAUGAAGAGUGUGGAGUGAUGCAGGAAUGGAGCAGCCAGUGGGAAUCUGCAUGUGGCUGGGAUAGUGGUUAAUCACCAAUAAUCUUGGGGAACUGAAUUUUUCAGACAUAUUUCUCCCUGUAGCUGCUGGCCCCUGUGUGCAGAGCUCUGCCUAUCUGGCGUAGUUGGGCAUU